AUGAUUUCAGAGCAUGGAAAUCCAUUGAAUACGGUAGCACAAGAUGAUAUUAAUGAAAAUGAUCAAAAUUUCAAAACGCCAUCCUCGACUCUUAUGGAAAAAAAAAGAUCCCGAGGGCAUAGUCAUUCAUUUCGCGAUGCUUCUCAAAUGAACAUGAGAGGGAUAUUUCUUCACGUUUUAGCCGAUGCAUUGGGAUCCGUCGUAGUUGUCAUAUCGGCAUUAGUCAUAUGGAAAACGGAUUGGGAUUCCAAGUUUUAUUUAGAUCCGGCAUUAAGUUUAGUUUUGGUUGUUUUAAUAUUAAAAUCAGUUUGGCCUUUGCUAUUAGAAUCCGCUUUGAUAUUGCUUCAAACCGUACCUACUCACAUACAGGUCGAUGCCAUUCAGCGAAGACUUUUAGACAAGGUUGAUGGAGUUUUAGCUGUUCACGAAUUUCACGUGUGGCAGUUAACGGGAGAUAGAAUUAUAGCAUCAGCCCAUAUUAGGUGUAGAAAUUUAUCAGAAUAUAUGAAAUUAGCAGAAAAAGUUAAAGAAUUUUUUCACAACGAAGGAAUACAUUCGACGACGAUACAACCCGAGUUUUUAGAAAUAAACGAGAUGCCCAAAGGAACAUCUCAAACUUCUUCAGAUUCAAAAAAAAAUGGAGGAUGCGUUUUGGAUUGUCCAAAAUCGGAAGAUCAAACGUGUGCGCUUAACACUUGUUGCGGACCUCAGGGCUCGGAGAGACCUUCGAAGGAGACUCCAUAUUUAUGUCGUCAGAGGUGUGGAUCCGUUGCGAGUUUCAAUCAAAUCCAACAGGAACUUCACGGGGAAAUGGAAAGCGGUCACCUUUUAUCGAUAAAUGCGAGUAGAUCUUAUCCGAAAUUAAAUUCGAGUCCUCAAUCUUAUCCCAAAUUAAAUAAUAAAGAAAGUCGGGUUUGA